CCGGGGGGGCGCGGGCCGGCGGCAUGGUGCCCGGGUCCCCGGCGGCCGGAGCGGGCGCGGCCCCCCGGGCGCUGUCGCUGUCGGCGCGGCUGAGCUACGCGGUGGGCCACUUCCUCAACGACCUGUGCGCGUCCAUGUGGUUCACGUACCUGCUGCUCUACCUGCACUCGGUGCGCGCCUACAGCUCGCGCGGCGCCGGCCUGCUGCUGCUGCUCGGCCAGGUGGCCGACGGGCUCUGCACGCCGCUCGUGGGCUACGAGGCCGACCGCGCCGCCGGCCGCUGCGCGCGCUGCGGGCCCCGCAAGGCCUGGCACCUGGUCGGCACCGUGUGCGUCCUGCUGUCCUUCCCCUUCAUCUUCAGCCCGUGCCUGGGCUGCGGGCCGGCCACGCCCGAGUGGGCCGCUCUGUUCUACUACGGCCCCUUCAUCGUCAUCUUCCAGUUCGGCUGGGCCGCCACACAGAUCGCCCACCUCAGCCUCAUCCCGGAGCUCGUCACCAAUGACCAUGAGAAGGUGGAGCUCACGGCCCUCAGGUAUGCCUUCACCGUGGUGGCCAACAUCACCGUCUUCGGGGCCGCCUGGCUCCUGCUCCGCCUGCAGGGCUCUGCGCACGCUGAGCCCGCCGAGGAUGCAGCGGACCACCUGGGGGUCCAGGACGUGCCAGUGUUCCGGAACCUCUCCCUGUUUGUGGUGGGCGUCGGCGCUGUCUUCUCGCUGCUGUUCCACUUGGGCACCCGGGAGGGGCGCCGGCCGCGGGCGGAGGAGCCCGAUGAGCACAGCCCCCUUUUGGCCCCUGCAACAGCCCGGCCCUUGCUGCUCUGGAAACAUUGGCUUCAGGAGCCGGCCUUCUAUCAGGUGGGCUUGCUGUACAUGAGCACGAGGCUCAUCGUGAACCUGUCCCAGACAUACAUCGCCAUGUACCUCACCUACUCCCUCAACCUGCCCAAGAAGUUCAUCGCCACCAUCCCGCUCGUGAUGUACCUCAGUGGCUUCUUCUCCUCCUUCCUCAUGAAGCCAGUCAACAGGUGCAUCGGGAGGAACAUGACCUACUUCGUGGGCCUCCUGGUGAUCCUGGCCUUCGCGGCCUGGGUGGCGCUGGUAGAUGAGCUGGGCGUGGCCGUGUACGUGGCAGCCGUGCUGCUGGGCGCGGGCUGUGCCACCAUCCUCGUCACCUCGCUGUCCAUGACGGCCGACCUCAUCGGCCCACACACGCACAGUGGAGCCUUUGUGUACGGCGCCAUGAGCUUCUCGGAUAAGGUGGCCAACGGGCUGGCGGUCAUGGUCAUACAGAGCCUGCACCCCUGCUCGGGACCCUGGAGCCCGGCCCUGACACCCCAACGUGGCCCCGCCCUGUGUAGAGGAACCGCGACUGCACAUUCCAUGUCCAGUGAGGCCGGGGGCGGCCCCCUGCUCCUCUGGGACCCCCCACCCCUCCACCCCUGCCUGGCUGCGGGGUCGGUGGGCACGGGCAGGAUGAGCAGGACCCUGGUGGCUUAUCCCACUGGGGCAGGGACAGCAAGCUAUAGGGCCCCCGGUAUCCAGGGCCCAUGGGGUCCUCGUGGGUUUGGGGGUGCCCCGAUCUUGGCUCUCUGGAUGAUUUGGGGGGCCCUCUCUCUGUUGUGUGGGGGCAGGACGUGCAGGUCCCCGAACCCAGGGGCUGCGCUAAGCUCAGCCCAGUUCACAGCUCACACCCAGCCCUGCUGGGGUCGGGGACAGCGUCGUCACUGAACCUGCCGGGACCCCCAGCCUCGGGGUCGGGGGGCUGGGCCCAGCCCCGGCCAUGGGGGCAGCGGGACUGCCCCGGGGGCUCGGCGGGCCGGGCAGGGGCUGCCCCGAGUGAAUAAAGAGCCACCCGUGGGGGCGAGGACCUCAGUGGCUGU